AUGGCUUCAGGUCUAGAGAACUAUAUUAAUCAGACAGUGUCUGUGAUAACUGCGGAUGGAAGAAAUUUUAUAGGCACAUUAAAAGGAUUCGACCAAACUAUAAACAUUAUAUUGGAUGAAUCCCAUGAAAGAGUGUUUUCAUCGUCAACAGGAGUAGCACAAGUUGUUCUCGGACUUCACAUUAUACGUGGUGACAAUAUAGCGAUCGUCGGACAAAUAGACGAGUCUAUAGAUAGUAGAUUAGAUCUUGGAAACAUCAAAGCUGAACCACUGGGUCCAAUUGUACAUUAA